AUGGGAUCCAUGCCAACUGGAGGCUGGCGGCAGCUCGACGUCGGCGUCAUCGGCGGCGGCAUCGGCGGCAUGAGUGUCGCCAUCGCCCUCCGCCGCGCCGGGCACAAGGUCUCCGUCUACGAGCGCAACGACUUCGCCGGCGAGGUGGGCGCGUCCGUCUCGUGCGCCGCCAACGGCACCCGCUGGCUGCACGAGUGGGGCGUGGACGUGGCCAAAGGCGACCCGGUCGUCCUCAAGAGCCUCAUCAACCGGGACUGGAAGACGGGCGAGCCCGUCAGCGUCUACAGCCUCGACGACUACGAGAAGCGCUGGGGCCACGUCUACAACAUGUUCCACCGCCAGUACAUGCACGCCAUGCUCAAGGACACGGCGAUGCAGGAGGAGGGCGAGGGGACGCCCGCGAAGCUGUUUGUGAACCACAAGUGCAAGAACAUCGACCUGAGCGCCGGAACGAUCGAGUUUGAAAACGGCCACUCGGCGACGCACGACCUCGUCAUCGGCGCCGACGGCAUCGGCAGCGCGGUGCGGGGCCUCAUCGGCGUCCGACCGGAGAAGCGGCCGGCCGACUCCAGCUGCCUGCACGCCAACAUCCUCACGGAGGACGCCGUCAAGGCCGGCCUCGUCGACUACUCGCAGGACGCCGCGCUCGAGUACUGGGGCGGCCAGGAGGGCAAGUGGGACAAGAUCGUGCUCUCGCCCUGCAACGGCGGCAAGCUGCUGUCGUAUUACUGCUUCUUCCCGCGGGAGAAGGGCGACUACGUGAACCAGGCCUGGGGCGUCGAGGACCGUCCCGUCGAGGAGCUGCUGGCGCCGUACCCGGAGCUGGACGAGCAGGUCCGCGCCCAUCUCGCCAUCGGCAAGGAUAUCCAGCCCUGGCGUCUGUGGAUGCACGACCCUUACCCUUACAUCAACAAAAACAUGGUUUGCCUGCUGGGUGAUGCAGGACACCCUAUGAUGCCUCACCAGAGUCAAGGUGCCUGCAUGGCCAUUGAGGACGCCGCAGCCCUCGGGAUUCUCUUCCACCCAAAGUACUUUGGCGGAGACGUCGCCGAGGCUCUCGAGGUCUACAACACCGUCCGCCUGCCCCGUGCCACCCGUGUCCAGGCCGCGGCAGCCAAGGCGGCGUACAACAUCAACGAGCGUAUUGGUUUCUCGAACAACACCAACACAAGCACCUACAAGGUUGCGGAUGAGAAGGCCAAGCUCACAAUCGAAGAGAUGAACGCAUAUGACAUGUACAAGGACAUCGAGGAGGCCAUCGCCCAGCGGUCGGGAGCUCCGUUCAACCAGAAGUUCAUCAGGGGUUUGCCGAUAGGACUUGAGCUGUCUCCGGGUGUCAUUGUUGGACAGUAG